GCGUGAAGAAAAAAUUGUGUCCGAUCGGAAGUUCCCGUGUGUCCUUAGAUUGACGACGCAGUUUGUGUGAGCAUAACUCUGCAACGUGUCCGAAAAAGUUGUAGAAGUAAAACAAAACGUGUAUGAUUCUGUACGAAACCGACGGUGUGUAAACUAAAUGUAUGAGUACAAACAAACUGAAGUGUUUUGUCCAAUCACACACACAAAUAAGAAUGCACCCCGAAAAAAAUAUACCGAACUUUGAAGCACUAAUCCUUUCGCGUGAGCGAGCGAAGCAAAAAGUGACACGUAUACGGAAAACCAUUGAUGAUGCCACUGCUGCGGCGAGUGUAAAUCAAAAUUAUGCUGCACAGACGGUGUAUUCGAGAAAUUGAGAGAACCAUUACCAAGAAUGUGUGAACUUACACCACAAAGUCAUCGCUUAGUGUCCAGAUGAAGAUUUCGACGAUCAAGAUCAGUGCACUUAAUGUUGCUCGGAACCCAGCGGAGCGGCGAGAAUUAAUCGACGAAGGCACCUCCGAUCCAGUGAAAAGUGCGCAUACCGAGAUGUGUACUGCCACAGGGGAAAGAGAGCCAACCCAUGAACUGUGUGCUGAUGCUCUCCCCAAUAAUAAAUGCGAUGAUUUCCAUGUUUCGUACAUCCGUGAACGUGAUCCCAAUGUCCGAGUGUUGAGAUGCAACUGCGGUUCAUCACAACGCUGCCAAAAGUGUGAAGGUGAGCACCACACAUUGUUGCAUUUUGAUUCUUCGCCAAAUUCCCAUCCAACUAUACCCAUACCUAAUCCUUUUCGCAUUGAUGUAUUUCCUGUUUUUCCCAUAUCCCCACUUGCUGUUACCUCUUGCUCUGUAAGCGAUGCUUCCCGCAAUGGCAGAACUGUUUUGAUAAUCGACCAGCCGACCAAGUUGAAUGAAAACCAUGCUCUUUCUCAAUUGUUUAUGCCUGAACAAAAUUUCCCAGAAUGGAAACCAACUCUUGUGUUUGCCAAAAUUCGAGAUAUUCUAUCCACAUACGUUGCCAAAAAGGAUGAUCAAAUGCGGAACAUAUUAAAAGACUCCUAUUUACCACGAGAGGUUACCUGGAAGAGAAUCAUUCUGUAUGUCUCUAUCACAGAUACUGGUCAACUCAAGAAAGUGUAUCCAUUGUCUGCUGCGAUAGUAGUUGAGUAGUCCAGACAUCACCCUGUCUGUUUUGUCGUCCUAAGAUUAACCAGAAACGUUUUCCAAUUGCAUCCAAUUUGGUCAAUGCAUCUUAGCCCGAGGGAAGAAUGUUCGCGCCAAACAGUGCGAACGAGGAGCAAGUGUCCCACAAAAUAGUUUUCAAUGUCCAUGCUUAUCCUUAUUCUCAUCCAAUUCACUCCCUCCCAUCCUAAAUGUAGUGUGUGGUGCAGAACACAACUACAAACAGCAGCAGUUCCCGAAGUGAAGCAUAAAAACGAAACUAAUACUAAAGAUGAAGUAGCAUACGAAUCGAUCCAUAGCAAAAACCGUUUAUUUUUCAUUCCAAUUCCAACCUUUAACCGAAUGAGAUCGCGAUUGAAAAACCAUCAAAUGUGUGAAAGUAUUCCAAGUGUUGGAUUUCCAAUGUGUUAUUUUGAUUCUCCAGUACAAGUCAUAUUCCAAAAUCCAGAGCUAUCAUCCACUCCUCCUUCAGCCGAAGGAAGGCUAUCUUCCUCAAUGGUGUGAUUCACCAGUAUGUGAAAAUAUGUUUAUCGGUCGACAAAAGUUUAUGUAAUAAUUUAAUGCGCACAAAAUAUGUUAAAUUUUUCAUAUUCUCUUUUUGGACAACACACAGGUUCCAUGUAAGAUCAUAUUUCAUAAUGUUCAUUCAGGGAAAAGAUUUUUUCUGAUAAUCAGAAAGUAUAUGAUUGUUACGCGGAAUUGAA